ACUCCGCCUUCUGCCAGUCAGUCAUUCCUGGCUGACUCACAUGAUUGCAAGCAGACAACCACGGACACGCAAAGAAGCACCACCGGAAUGGUGUGUGGAAAUCAGCAUCUGCGUUUCCCUUUGAGUUUGAGCAACACAGUAUCCUGUUUGCUUUGUUGUUUUAUUAAUAUUUCCAGCUUAUUGUGUCGCAUACCCUGACAAAACGGGCUGGAGCUUAUUUUUUUCAUGCAAGCACCUGUGCACUCCCGUCUUCCCGCCAGUAGCAGCUAAUAAGCGAACAGUUUGGCGGCGAUAAAAUGGUGACCAGCUUGCGAAAUCGUAACAAUGCGGGCUCCAUAAAGAAAUUCUGGAAAUGGCACGGUCGUCCGCGUUACGUUUUUGAAGCUGCCUUUCUGCUGAUUUCCAUUGCCUUGGUGUUUCUGGCGUACCGUUACUAUUUUGGUGAAUCUUUCGAUGAAACCGUGUGUGGAAAACCUCUGCGCGAAUUGUGCCUGUUAGAUGAUCGCAUCAUUCACGCUUGCAAGAUUGCUGCCAGUUGUCCGGACAUCAAGCAGCAAAAAGAAGACGAAAAUGCCGCAAAGAUGGCUGCCGUGCCGCUUGUGUUAGUGGAAGUGUUUUACGAGGUUUUAUGUCCGGACAGUAAAGAUUUUGUUAUCGAUCAGAUUUAUCCGACGGUGCAAAAGAUUGGUGGAAUUGUCAAUAUCUCAAUGGUCCCCUUCGGAAAAGCAGAAGAAAGGAAGGAUGGUGAAGAAUACAUUUUCUCGUGUCAACAUGGCGAAAAAGAAUGCAAAGGAAAUUUGGUGCAGACGUGCGCGAUUGGUGUUUUGGGCGAUAAAGACCGGAAUCUGGCCAUCAGUUUUAUUAACUGCAUGGAGAUUUCGCAUGAUCCAGCUACAUCAGGGCCGGCGUGUGCUAAGGAUAUUGGAAUUGACUAUAAACCGAUUGAAGCCUGUGUAGCCGGAAAAUUAGGCAACCAGUUGCAGCAUAUUAUGGCUCAACGAACAUUAACACUGAAUCCCAAACUUUAUUGGGUGCCAUGGGUGGUGCUGAACGGGGUUCAUACAGAAGACAUUCAGCGCAAAUGUCUUGCCGAUCUCCGCGGUGUUAUUUGUGAUGCUUAUAAGGGACCAAAGCCUCCAGGCUGUGAGGAUACUAAAAGCUGACAACGAGAGGCCGAAACUACUUGAGAAUGGGUGGAUAUUUUCGGUGUACUCUCUUCCUGUGAUAUUCCAAUUCCGGAUUUUAUUAAAGACUCAUCAGAUAGCAAGUGAUGGAUUGUAGUGUGCUGUGGACUGAGUUUCGGUGCCGAUCGUUGGAUGGCUUUUAAGGAUUUUCUUUUGUAUGUUACUUGUUUGAAGCAUUCGCUCUAUCUGUAACUACGGAAUUGUUUUAACGAGUUGAACAAGUUAUCAGAUGUUUAUUCUGCUGAGUAAGUAUCUUUCCCGGUCACAAAUGCAGUAUUUAUGUAUUGGUUUUUAUGUUGGAUCUGGUUGUUGUUUUUUUAUCAUUUCUGUUUGAAAUUACGUACUAUAGAUGUUUGCCCUUGGACUCUACUGUAUCGAUGCUAGCGCUCGCGAAUAAAAUACUUC